CUUCAUAUAAUCAAAAAGAAAAAGAAAAAGGUGGUCACAAAUUUGCACAUGAAAGAUGAAAGUAAUAAAAAGAAUAAAGAAAAAAUGGUUGAUAGAAUGUAAAGGAAGUAUGAGCGUGUCGGUUUCUAGACCUUUCCCUCCAUUUCUUCUCACACUCAUCACUGUCUCUUCCAUUCAAAAUCCAUUGAAUUCUCUGCAAUCCACACUCCAAUCUUCAUCCUUAUCUCUCUCUCCCCAUCUCCAUGGCUACUCUAACUGCACCUUCUUCUUCAUUCUCUUACAUCUGCUUAACCAAGGUAUCUCCCCCAUUGCCUUCCACUUCAUUAAAUCUCCCCAAAAUCCCUCGCAAUUCUUCUUCUUCUUCUUCUUUCUCUUUUGCUUCCCCUCUGCCUUUAAGGACAAGCGUUCGGUUCAAUCCCUCUUUUGCUCGGAACGACGAGUUCGGUGAUUUUGAGGAAACGAAGGAGGAGACGAGCGAGAUGCGUUUGUAUUCUCUUUCGCCUUUUCCUUUACUCUUUAUUGCUGCUCUUCCUGGAGCGGGAACUGUGAGGUCACUCUUUGGUCCUUUCGUUGAGCUUGUUAAAUCUUGGAAUCUUCCUGAAUGGCUGGUACAUUGGGGCCAUCCAGGAAACAUGGCUGUUGUGCUCUUUGCCAUGGGUGGCUAUGGAACAUAUUUAGGUUUUCGAAUCCGAUACUCUGACGAUGUGGAGGAGAAGGCUUAUGCCAAAGACUUGCAUCCAAAGCUUCUAGGCGGGAUGUUUUUCUUUUUUGCUCUUGGAGCAACCGGUGGAGUCACUUCUCUACUUACAUCAGACAAACCUAUACUUGAGAGUCCGCAUGCUGUAACGGGGUUCAUUGGUCUCACGCUCUUGACUGUACAAACUCUUCUGCCUUCACUUUUUGAGGAUAAUCCUGGGCUGAGGAAUGUUCAUGGUAUUUUGGGUAGUGGAAUCAUGACACUGUUUCUCAUCCAUGCCGCACUUGGACUUCAACUUGGCCUCAGCUACUAAAUCUUAACCGCUAAUAUAGAAUAACAAUCUUCCUUCGUCAUCAUGCAAUCUGCAAUCCUUACGAAGAUGCCUCCGCACAAUCCUUCCCAAUGAGAAAAAUUUUCAUUUUAUUGCCUUUUCCUCAGGUAUCAUAUUAUAUUUCUUGUCCACUAUUUAUUCAUUAUUUCCCCCUUUUCUUCUUCCUUUUUACAAAUUUAUGUAAGGGCCUCUUAUCUGCUACCUGUUCUUUUUCUUGCUGGUUUCGGUGGUAGAUGUUAAUCUUGUUUGUUUAAUUGCAUUUAUACAUUGAUACAGCCAAUCAUAUAUCCAAAGUGUAGUUGAAGUUGUUUUGGCUGUGUCAAUAAAAAAAGAAGAUAUUCCUAAACUUAAUCCUUUUUUCUCCUCUCCUUAAUGCAAAGUUGCAUAAAGACAAAAUAGAAGGCCUACAAAAGUUGAAGAGUUCGAAAA